UUGUCAAUCAUGUCAAAUUGUCAAUGGUUGUUGACGAUGUUGAUGUCGCGAUAGUAGUGUUUUGUAUUGUAGUUUUUUCGGUAUAAUUUUAUUUUAUUAUUAAACAUCAGCUGAUAUCGGCUACUUACUAUUUUUUGUGGUGUAUUUAUGUGUUAUGCGUUAAUGCAAAUUCAUAAUAUAUAAAAGAAUUUACAAUGUUUUCUGCUCUCAAGAAACUAACGAGAAGUGGCGAUGAUCGCUGUCCAGCCCCUUUACCAAUGUCUUCUUCUCUGCAGAAGAAAUUUUCAAAAGGAGUUCAUUUUAAUAUGAAAAUACUGAUAAAAGGCGAUCGGAACGUUGGUAAGUCGUGCUUAUUGCAGCGCUUACAAGGUGGACCAUUUAUCGAAGACUACGUACCAACUGAUCAAAUACAAGUUGCUCCUAUACAUUGGACUUAUAAGAAUACUGAUUACAUUGUUAAAGUAGAAGUGUGGGAAGUAGUAGAUAAAGGUCGAACAAAGAAGAAACCACCUUUAGGACUUAAGCUGGAAAACCAGUCGGCUGCAGCAGCAUCUGAAGAUGGCUAUGAGACACCAGUUCUUGAUGCCACAUUCUUAGAUGUUUACAAAAAUGCUAACGGGGUGAUAUUGAUGCUUGAUAUUACCAAACCAUGGACUUUUGAUUAUGUAGUAAAGGAGCUGUCACAAGUGCCCGCUGAUAUUCCUGUUGUGAUACUAGGAAACCAUUGUGAUAUGCAGCAUCAUCGCCAAGUCCACCCCCACCAUAUUGAACAAGCUCUUCAUCAUGCUAAACUUAUAAGGACAGCACCAGUGCGGUAUGCUGAAUCUUCUAUGAGAAAUGGUUUUGGACUUCGGUUACUCCACAAAUUUCUUAGCGUGCCGUUUUUAAGACUCCAGAAAACAAGUUUAUUAGAACAACUACAGAGAAACCAGAGGGAUGUAGAAGAGAUAGAAAAAGAGCUUGAUGACUUUCAGAAUUCAGAAGAAUCCCACUAUAAUUUGUUUGUAGAUCGUCUCGCAAACAAACGUCGACAAAGUGCCGGUCAGCCCGAACCUCGGCCUGCUACUGAACGCUCUCCAAGCAUUGUACUUGGUGCUGGUAAACCUAUUGUGCCACCUAGUGUGAACCCACUCCUGGCGCAGUCACUGGCUGGCAACGGGAUAAAACCGCCGAUUCAAGUUACUCAAAGUCACUACGUCAGUUCAGAGUUAACAAGAUCUAAAAAUCAAGUUAGUAUGGACAUGACCCCACCUCGACAACCUCAACAAGAGAGUGGACAAAGUACACCAACAGGGGCAAAUGUAACAGCAUCGCCUGGAGGUCUAGAUGAGUUUUAUGCAGGCACUUUGGAUAGUAGCUUUUUGGAGGACCUUCCUGCAAUAUCAGGCCAAAGCCAAGAUGUUAUCUAUGAUACUGAAAGUGACGAUGAGAAUGUGACUAAUCCUAAGGUGACAAUUGAUCAGGAAGAUUUGGACUUCGAGGUUUCUUCCCCAGUGGAUGAGCGGCCAGAGGUAAAAUUAUCCACAGAGUUAACAAGAACAAAGCAAGAUGACGUAAAUCUUGACACCAUGAUGAGUCGUGUUUCAAUGGAGGAGGAGGUUGACGUCCAUAGUGUAGAUAUAGGAGCUGUUCCUAUCUUUGAAAAUAGCCGCCAUAUUGACGUACAAUUACCAUUGGAUAAUGAUUAUCCACUUUGGGCUGGUGAUACUAGCGCGAGAAGGUCUCCUGAAGGUGGCGAAGAUCCAGACACAGCUAAAGAACCAGUGGAAAAGGAGAAAAAACACAAAAAGAAGAAAUCAAAGGAUAAAGAUCGAGGUGAUUAUAGUGAAAAAUCAGAAAAGAAAGAGAAGAAGCAUAAACAUAAGAAAUGUCGAAAUGAUAAAAAGAUAACUAAUCCCCAACAAGAUUUGUUAGCGCCUACUCCUGCCACUGACUUCGACUACGAUGACUACGACAGCAUUUAACAUAUACUUACUUUUUUUGAACUUCUACAUUCCAUGUGUCUGUCUAUGUGUCUUUAUUAUAAGUGUCUGUUUAUCUUCAACUAUAAUCGUUGUUUUAUAAAUACUUUAACAUUUACGGCUAUAUACUUUAAUUACAAAGCAUUCGUUAUUGGAGAAAACAUGAUGUAGUAACAAUAUCACACAAUAUGUAAAUUCUUUCAAUAUUUUUCAAUCAAAAGUUGUUCAAAAAUUUUCGUAUUAUAUUUGGAAUCUCAAGACGUAAGUUAGGAAGCAAACUUAAAUUCACCAAAUAAUAUCUGUUAAACAUGGAAUGAAAAGUUAAGGACCCUUAGGCAUUUACAUUUUCCGCCCAUUAAAAAUUUUUAAUAGGUAUUUCAAAUGUAGUUGUAAUUAUGUGCUUGUAUUACGUUACGUUGAUGAAAUAAAUAACGGUAAAGUAUAUAAUUUUAACAAAUAGUAACCCACCGCAUUAGCUGGUCACGUGGCGGAAAGAACUUUAGAGAAGGCAGAAGUUAUAUUCUCUUUGAGAGAAGGUUGCUGAACAUAAUGAAUCUACGAAAAAGACAAUAGAGAUAGAAAUGAAUUUCCACCUGCAUACUUCUGUUUCACUAUGGCCAAUGGUCGAUGGCCAAUUUAUUCCUCUUUUCUUUAUCAUAUUCAGCAUUUUCAAUAAGAAUGUGCCAAAGUGGGUAAUCGGAAUUCAGGAACAGAAAUCAUAGGCCUUAUUUAUUUUUGUAUUGUUGUAAAAUUGAAAUGAACUAGCCUUUGCAAAAACAUAUCCAUUUUAUGUCCAUUUUGCUUCCUUUGACGGUUAUUAAAGUAAAAGUAUUUAAUAUGAUUAUAGAAAUGUGCAAUGCAAUUUGUAUAAUGAGUCUAAUCGUAAGUCAAAUUGAGAUUACAUACCUCGUUACAGCAUAAAAUAUUUUAUCACGUUAUAUGUAUGCUUGUUGUAUUAUUAAAAUGUUUUAACAAUA